AUGACUUACUAUAAAGUCUCGUCAAUCGAGUUCGAGGUCGCAGCAAAACCAUACGCAAACAUGUCGUCUCACAAGCAAAUCGACGUCACACAAGACAUCAUGCAGCAGCUUCCUGGUGAAGUUGUUGCGCAUAUUGCAUCGUUUACGGAGAAGAAAGACCUGAAUAACCUCCGCCUCGCGUCUAGCGACGCCGCCGCGAAGUCGAGCAUUGAAUUUGCAAAGCAGAACCUGAAACACCUUCACGUCAAUAUUCGCAUUCAGGAUGAUGAUUCGACUGACUUCGGCCGCUUCGACCUCUCUGAUAUCGAAGACGCCCUCAAAAUUAUCGAAGACAACAACCGUGCGAGCUUUGUCGAAGAAGUGACAUUCGGAGACAAUCUCGACUGGGACAGCACUCCAUACAUCUCCCCCGACCAGGUAUUCGGGUCUCGCGAGAUGACCAAAACUCGAACCUUGCUAAUGACUCUCUUCUCCAAGUUGACAUCGAUUCGCAAGGUCUCAUUCGCGUUUAACUUCGAGCCAUUCACAGACUUCCUCAUGCGUGCGCUCGAGGACUCCAAACACCUCCAACUCACCAGCCUCAACCUCUGCCACGGAGGCCUCAUGCACGCCUACGACCUGUCCCAGGUCCUGAGAACUUUCUCGAAGACCCUCCGCUCCUUACAUCUCCACAAUCAUAGCCUGCGAUGGAAUGAGUGGCAAGCGAUCCUCGAAAACGUACGCGAUGAUUUGCAGAUUGAAGAGUUCAGCAUCAAGAGCGCGAUCGUAAAACAGUCCAUGUACCAUCCGAAUCUGCUGGAUUUCAAGGCAUCAUCAAAUGACCACGAUCCCGAUCUGCCGGAGGGAGAAUCUUAUUGCUUCGAGUGGGAUUCUGUGGUCAUGGUAGGCAAGACUGCGGUGAAAAGGAGCACUCAAAUGUUGUUGAUCAUGCUGCCAGGCUACUAA